AUGAUUUUUGUUAAAUCUCUUUCUUUUCUCCUCUUAUUUUUUGUAUUUAAGACAGCGCACAGCGAAUCAACAUGUACUUACAACGUCACAGAAUGUAUGACUAAAGGAGCACAACAUGUGUAUAAUUCUCUAGUAUCUGGGGUCAAAGAUCUUAUUGAACCAAUUGACCCCAUGCAUAUUGAGAAGAUUGACGCUGACUUUCCGGGAUUAAAAUAUCAAGUAACAAAUGUAACUCUGAAUGGAUUGAAAAAUUGUGCAGUUGAGCUGUUCAAGUCUGAUGAAAUAUCCUUUGAUUUUGAAUUGGAUUUACACUGUCCGAAAUUGGUUUUCACUUACCACUAUGUUGUCAAAGGCGUAAUUUUAACGUCAAUAGAAUUAGAUGGACAAGGUUAUGCAAAUAUUGCUCUAGACGAUUACUACAUAAAAAUUAAAGGAAAGUUCAAAAAGUUCAUUUCAGUAAAGGACCUAAAACCUCACAUAUCUAUUGUUAGUCACUUUAUAGAUACAGAUCUAAAAGGGAAGCUUAGAUUUGAAUCUGCUGAACUAAUAAACCCAGACAAAGCUAAAUCGGAUUUAGGAAAGAUCGCUAUUAAUGAAAACCACAAAGGUAUCGAAAUGCUCCUGCGGUCUCCGAUACUCGAGAGCUUCGUGAAAUUAAUUGUACAGAAACUGAACACAUACUUUGUAAACUUUUCUGUUGACGAAUUAUUUCCGCAAGAGUAA